AUCGCGGCGUUGAAGCAAUUCUCAACCGAAAACUUGAAGCGGACUCCAACGAGAUCGUCUCACGAGGCAGCCUGGAUGCUUUUCUCUGUACAUUGAAAUUAACUUCUCGACCUCCCUGGCUUCGCAACAACUGAUCGCCUAGGAGUUGUGGACACAGUACAACUUGUGUGCCUAAGAUGAGAAUACAAGCUGCAAGCUGUAUCGUGAGCGAGAAUCAACGGGAGGAUUACUCAUUUUCCAUCAAACCAUCCUGUGCACAGAAAGCAGAAAUACAUGCAGAUUAGGUUACAUUGCUUGUCACAUUUCAGAAUGAUGAACAUGAUGGUAGUACUGGUCACUGAUUGUCGACGCCCUUGUCACCCAUUUGCUUCACAAUCCCUUCAACCGCGUUAUAUGUCUACCAGUAUCCAGCGCGAGUCCCUGAGUAAUGGGUUACAGCAAGAACUCAGCGCUCUCGAAAACAUCAUAGAAGACGAAACGAAGAGGGAACUCCUUCUCCAAUCAAGAGGAGAUGAAGCCCAAUUCAUGCUCGAUUUACUCCAACUGCUAGCCGAUCUCCCAGGUCCAACCUCUCCUCGAUCUCAUAUCUUAAAGAUCAUGUCCCGCCUCUCAAAGAACUCACGACGCUUCCCACAGUGUCUCGUCAUUCGAAACAUCAAGCUUCUUGGGAAGCAUCCUUUCGGCUGCGGAGCAUUUGGUGACGUCUGGAGAGGAAUAAUCGGCGACUCGGCCACGGGUCAAAUUGAUUGUGCAGUCAAAAUCGUCAGGAGGGCCUACUUCAGCCAGGCCACCGCUGGCCAAGAUGAUCAUAAUCACGGAAAAGUCCUCAAUGACCAUGUCCGAGAAGCGAUCAUCUGGAGGCAGCUCAAACAUCCCAAUGUGUUACCUUUCCUCGGGAUAUAUUAUCUGGAUGGUAACAGAGAGGAUGUGUGCCUUGUGUCUCCUUACAUGGUUAACGGAAACCUUGCUCAGUUCUUAAGAAACACUGAUCCAGACAAGGUGGUCAGUCAUAUCCUGAUAUCCGACAUCGCGUUAGGACUGGAAUACCUACACGACAAAGACAUUGUUCACGGCGAUCUGAAAGAGCUCAAUAUCCUCGUCACAGAAAGCUAUCGAGCGUGCAUCUGUGAUUUUGGUCUGUCUCGCUUGGUUGUCACGCUCGGGCUCCCACCCUCGACGUAUCGGGGAGGUACAUUGGGGUAUAUGGCCCCAGAGGUUCUACUUGGGAGUUCGAGUUCAAAGCCAAGCGAUAUAUAUUCCUACGGAUCUCUGUGCCACAGGAUUUUGAUUAAGGUAUACGACCUCCCCAACAAUUUGGUCCGAGGUAUUGGGGGAGAUCUGGCAUUUCAUCAACGACCUACGAAUUUACCGAAGGAUGAAGAUCACCUGUGGUCCCUUGUGCAGGAUUGUUGGAAACAAGAACCUUCUACUAGACCAACUGCAGGGGAUAUCAUCCGGCGUGUGACCACCGCGAAUGAAACAAUGACCACGCCGAAUUGGCAUGAAUCACUACAUUCAAUCAUAAGCAACAACGUCGACCUUCUGUCGCUUAUAAGAGUCCUUGAAUCUCGAAGCCGAUCUCGGCGCCAGAUAACAGGAGUUAGCACCUCAAUCCCCCUUGCCCCGGUCUCUCACUUUCCGCAAGUCACUGAGAGAGGCGGUCUAAGGCUUACAACCAGAGGCUUAAGAGAAAGGCAUAGCGAAAGUCGGAGGCGUACCGAAGGAUCGUUAAUAAGUGAUCAGGUAAUCCAGACUCUCACUUUGGAUAUUGGCAAUCAUCACAGCAUCGUCUCACCGGAUGACGAUGGUCCACCUGAAAAUAUCCACGAGUGGACGUUCUUUGUCACGCCGAGUCCGACGGAUCUUAUUGAGGAGAUGCAUAUCUUCCUGGACCCUACGUUUGAUGAGGAUCAUAUCAUUCUCCGACGCCCGCCGUACUCCAUCACUUGUGUAGGGUGGGACACCUUCACCAUCGAGGUCAGGGUUUUCCUGAAGUCAGGAUAUUCCUGGGUUUCUGAAAACGCGUUGGAUUCGCCCGAUGGUAAUGUUAAAUGCAUUUUACCGCUCGAAUGGGCGCUGGAUUUCGAGGAAGGGAGUGAUGUGGUUCGGAUGUUUGAGGUCAAGAGAAACACACCGACUCAACGGCGACCCUUCCGUCGCGAAUCCAUCACUGCCUACGAAGCAUGUCCUUGACUCAGUGAUGCGUACCAGCAAUGAUAAGGAUAAAGUGUACGAGCGAGUUUUGAAUACUUUUCCCCCCAAAUCAACCUUCGCCUCCUGAUCCGCCCUCGUUAGCAUACUUCGCUAGUUUCUCACCUGCCCAGUGGAUUUUCAUAGGACCCGAAUUCUAACUUUUCACCAGCGGCUAUGAUUCCUGGCGAAUUAUGACGCUUUAAUCUUGACGCAGUGUUCGUCAGAGAAGGCGAGGACAAAACAACGAACCACGAAUAGUGUAUUCCUAUUAUUAUUUCAUGCGACGAUCGCUUUACUACAG